CUCAAGCCCAUGGCCAAGAGCAUCCAGAUAGGAAACCUGCAGUGUUGGCCCCACCCAGCUCCUGGAGAAGCCCGGGGCUCCCAGGAAGUGAGCUCCAAAGAUGAGGCUGCUCAAACUGCUCCUUUUCCUGGCCCCCUGGGGAGUCGCCAGAGCUGAACCAGGGAAAUUCUGGCACAUCUCUGACCUGCACCUUGACCCUGACUACAAGGUAUCCGAAGACCCCCUCCAGGUGUGCCCAUCAGCUGGCUCCCAGCCAGUGCCCAAUGCAGGCCCCUGGGGCGACUACCUCUGCGACUCUCCCUGGGCCCUCAUCAACUCCUCCAUCUACACCAUGAAGGAGAUCGUGCCGGAGCCAGACUUCAUCCUCUGGACCGGUGAUGACACACCUCAUGUGCCCAAUGAGAGGCUGGGAGAAGCUGCUGUGCUGGGAAUCGUGGAGCGCUUGACCAGGCUCAUCAGAGAGGUCUUUCCAGAUACCAAAGUCUACGCUGCUCUGGGAAAUCAUGACUUUCACCCCAAAAAUCAGUUCCCAGCAGGGAGUAACAACAUCUACAAUCAGGUCGCAGAGCUGUGGAGACCCUGGCUCAGUAACGAAUCCAUCACUCUCUUCAAAGAAGGUGCCUUCUAUUCUGAGAAGUUGCCAGGCCCGAGUGGGGCCGGGCGAAUUGUGGUCCUCAACACCAACCUGUACUACAGCAACAACGAGCAGACGGCUGGCAUGGCAGACCCAGCACAGCAGUUCCAGUGGCUGGAAGACGUGCUGACCCGUGCAUCCCGAGCUAAGGAGAUGGUGUACAUAAUUGGCCACGUGCCCCCGGGCUUCUUUGAGAAGACACGGAACAAAGCGUGGUUCCGGGAGGGCUUUAACAAGGAGUACCUGAAGGUGAUCCGGAAGCACCAUCAAGUCAUCGCAGGGCAGUUCUUCGGCCAUCACCACACCGACAGCUUCCGGAUGUUCUACGAUGACGCAGGUGACCCCAUCAGUGUCCUGUUCCUUACCCCUGGAGUCACCCCGUGGAAAACCACCUUACCUGGAGUGGUCAAUGGGGCCAACAAUCCCGGCAUCCGGGUAUUUGAAUAUGACCGAGCCACACUGAGCCUGCAGGACGUUGUGACCUACUUUGUGAACCUGAGCCAGGCGAACGCGCAGGGGACUCCACUCUGGGAGCUCGAGUACCGGCUGACCAAGGCCUACGCGGUGCCUGACGCAGGCGCCCGCUCCAUGCACGCGGCGCUGGGCCGCAUCGCCGGCGAUCCCGGGGCGCUGCAGCGCUACUACGUCUACAACUCGGUCGGCUACGACCGCGAGGCCUGCGACCAGGCCUGCCGUGCCGAGCACGUGUGCGCGCUGCGCGAAGUAGCCUUCGACGCAUACGCCGCCUGCCUGCGCGCCCCCGGCGCCGCGCCCGCGCCCGGGCUCGCGCUCCUGCUGGCGGCGCUGCUGGGCCUGCGCGCGCUGCUCGCGCCCUGACGUCGGGCGCCCGCCGGCCGCUUCCCCGCAGAGUCUUGCCGCCACCCCGGCCCGGCGUCUGCAGCGGGAACCCGCGUGGAGCAGCAGCCUGGGCAGUAAAUGAAGCGCCGAAGACCUUCCCCGUCCCCAGCACAUUAUUUUCCCCCAAGUUUCCUCCAAAACACAGUGCUCCUCGAGCAUCUCAUUCUGUGC